AUGAGCGCAAAAAUGAAAAAUCGACUAAUAACAGAUAAUGUAGAAAAUAUAGAAAUGGGUGAUACAAAAAAAAAAAGUAAGGACCAAGUAGUUAUAGAUUAUGUAUAUAAAAAUAUAUUUAACAAAAAUGUAUUUCUUAAUAUUUUUAAAAGAAAUAAUUAUAAUGACAUAGGAAAAAACAAAACCAUAACAAAAAAAGACAUAAAUAAUAUAGAUAUUGAAAAAAGAAAAGAAGAAAUAAAAAAUUAUAAAAAAGAAAUAAAGGAUAAUGAUGAAUAUUUGCUAUUUUUAAGUUAUGUAUAUAAUGAUUUAAUAUCCUUUAUAGAAAAUGAUAAAGAAUAUCAUCUUAAAAAUUCAGAGUUUUCAGAUAUCGAAGAUUUAAUUAUAGACAUAUGUGGAAAUAUAUGCCACAAAAGUUUCAAUAAUAUAAAAAAAAUAUUUAUCAAACCCCAAAAACGAGAAGAUGAAGAAGAAUCAGAUCAAAGUAAUGUUUAUACUGGCACAAAUGAUAAAUGGUUGUAUGAAGAAAUAAACAAAAAUGACAGUUAUAAUGAACCCUCUUUUUUUUUUAUACCACCAAUGGAAUAUAUAGUUUCACAUAUUUAUAAAUUAAAUUCAAAUUUGAAUAAAAAUGAUGUAUACAAAGAAAAAGAAGAUGUCCAUACAUUCAUAAAAAAUAAUAAUUAUGAUAAAAAAUGUAAUAUACUAAAUAAUAUAUUAAAUAAUGAACAACCAUUAAAGGGUAAAGAAGAUGAUAUACAAAAUGAGAUUGAAAAUAAAACUAAUAAAAAAAACAAAAAUAGUACAUACGUAUAUCUUAGUAAAGUAAAUGAUAAGUCCCUUUUAAAUACUAGUCAAAAUGAAGUAUCAGAUUGUUCUUUAGAAAAAGAAGUAAAAAUUAAUGAUCAUAAGUUUAAUGACUCUAUCUUUGAAUACCCAUAUAAGGAAACAAAUGAAAGUUCGGAUUAUACACAUGAUAGUGAUGGAUAUAAUAGUAGUAGUCAAGAUGAAUUUGUUUCUGAAAGUGCAAAUAGCUUAGAAACAAUUAGUGACCAAAUCUGCAAUAAAAAAUCUAGACAAAAUGGAUUAAUCAUAUCAAAUGGACUAAGUAAAAAUGAAAUAAUCAAAGGGUCUAACUUCAAUGAAAAUAUUUUAUAUAAAGAAAUAAACGAAAUUGAAAUGAAUAGUAAACAUGUAGACAAUUUAAGUAACUGCUAUUCAUUAAAAGAUUAUGAUUCUAAUAGCUUAUUCUCAAAGGGUUGUAACAUUGAUGAAGGUACAAAGCAUGAUAUAAUAUGCAGCAAUGAUAAAAAAAAUAUAACAAGUAAUACAAUUACAUGCCCUCAAGAAAAUAAAAAUGAUCAUACUUUAAAAGAUGAAAAUGAUAUAUACUCAAACGGGUUUAAGAAUAAAGAAAUCCAAAGUGAAAUAUAUUCUAUGAAUACUUAUAAUAAUGAAGAUCAUGUAAAAGAGAAAAACGAGGAAAACAAUGUCUCUAACAUAUGUGAAAAUGAACAGAAUUUCGAUAAAAUAAGUAUAAAUCAUAGUAUACAUAAAAGCAAUGAAUCAGAAUUUUCAAAAAAUUUUAUUACACCUUAUGAAUACCAAGAAUCUAAACAUAAAGACAUAAAUACCUACAAAUGUAGCAUUAAAGAGGAAGGUAAAGAUUGUUGCCAUGAAAAAAAGGAUUCUGCCAAUAUAAACCAAGAUGAUGAUAAUAAUUCGAUAGCAUGUGAAGAAAAAAAGAGAGUUGAAAACGUAUACAGUAAUAUAAAUCCUAUUGAAACUCAAAAUAUUUUAGGGACUUAUGAAAAUGGUAUUUUGUGUGAAGAUAAUAAUAUAAUGACAGACGAUGAACUAACUAAAAUAACUUCGAAUCAACUCACCAAAUAUACAAAUUAUGAUGACAACCAAAUUGAUAAUGUGUGCAUAAAUUAUGGAGAAAAAGAAAACUUAAUUAAUGAUGUUGAUAAAAUAAAAAUGUAUGAUUAUGAUAUCCAUUCUUUUGAAAACAAACAACUAAUAAUUAAACAUAAUGAAUAUUAUGAAAAAUUAAAUAAAAUGUUAAUAAAUAAAAAAGAACAAAUAUAUAAAGAACAGAAAGAAUAUACAAAAAAUAAUAACUUACACGAUGAUUAUUAUUAUUUUAAAUAUGUAAAUACUUAUGAAAAUAAUUUAAAUCCAUAUUGUUAUACUAAGAUAUUGAAAAAAGCAAAUAUACAAAUAACUCCAUCCCCAUUUCCACAAUUCUUAAGGGAUAUACAAAUAUAUAACAUUCCCACAAAAAAAAUCAGACUAAAAAAAACAAAUAUUGCCUUAAAGACCGAAAAUGAGAGUAAAACCCAAAAUAGUGGAACCAAACGAAACAAGGGAAAAAAGAAUAAGAAAAAGGAAACAAAAUAA